GCAGCUGCACCGUUGGGCAGAAGCAGUGAUCGCCUAAUCAGCAGCCGAACAGUUCCGCCAUUGAACUUUGCGGUUGGCCUCUAAUCCUAUUAAAUCAAUUAGCGAUAACCAACAAAAACACGCGCUGAUGUAAUCACGGAGCAGCGACGUCAGCCGCGCGAACAGCUGAUCGCCGGCUUACUUGCGUCGCCGGCGCUGAGCCCAACCGCAUCAGUCGAAACGCGCGCGUGUCGGUGACGCUGCGGCGAACACGCUCCCGGAGAUCAGCGAGCACAUGUCAGCGGCGCUGUCCCGCUUCGUAGAGCUCCGCACUCGGUCCGCGGCGGAGGUUCCGCGCAGCAACGAUGCCCGCAGAUGGAUUCACGAUCAAGAGUCGCAUCAGGAACCUGCUGCGCUCUCCCUCGGUCAGGCACAAGAAGAACAGUAGCACCAGCAAGGUGACUCUGGAGAAGGUGCUGGGAAUCACCGCGUCAGGAAACAGUGGCCUGGCCUGUGACCCCCGGUCGGGCCUUGUGGCCUAUCCUGCAGGGUGUGUGGUGGUCCUGCUGAACCCCAAGAAGAACAGACAGCACCACAUUAUCAACACCUCCAGGAAAACCAUCACGGCCUUGUCGUUUUCCCCCGAUGGCAAAUUCUUGGUCACAGGAGAGAGCGGCCACCUACCGGCAGUGAGGCUGUGGGACGUGGCGGAGCGGAAGCAGGUGGCCGAGCUCCAGAAGCACAAAUACGGCGUCUCGUGCGUGGCCUUCUCGCCCAACGGCAAAUACGUCGUGAGCGUGGGAAACCAACACGACAUGAUGGUCAACGUCUGGGCGUGGAAGAAAGACGUUGUCGUAGCGGCCAACAAGGUGUCCAGCAAAGUGACGGGCGUGUCCUUCUCUGAGGACAGCUCCUACUUUGUCACCGUGGGCAACAGACACGUCAGGUUCUGGUAUCUGGAUCACUGCAAGAGCAACAAGGCCAGCGCCCCCGUCCCGCUGCUGGGCCGCUCGGGGCUGCUCGGAGAGCUGCGGAACAACUUCUUCUGCGACGUGGCCUGCGGCGUCGGCUCCAAGUCCGACUCCACCUUCUGCGUCACCUCGUCCGGCCUGCUGUGUGAGUUUGACGGCAAGAGGAUGCUGGACAAGUGGGUGGAUCUGCAGACGACCACGGCCCAGUCUCUGGCUCUGUCCGAGGACGCGAUCUUCUGCGCAUGCGCGGACGGAGCCGUGCGCGCCUUCAGCCCCGCCGACCUGAGCUUCGUCGGCACGCUGCCGCGGCCGCACCGCCUCGGCCGCGACGCGUCGGACAGUGAGCCCUUUUCAAAGACGGAGCCGCGUCACCCAGACGCCAUAGCCGUGACCUACGACCCGGCCGCCCACUGGCUCAGCUGCGUGUACCAUGACCACAGCCUCUACGUGUGGGAUGUGAGGGACGUCCGGCGGGUGGGGAGGGUGCACUCCGCCCUGUUCCACGCGGCCUGUGUCUGGGACCUGGAGGUGUUCCCAGAUGCUCCCGCGGACACGGAGGCCGGCCCGUCGCCCGGCCCGUCGCCCGGCGCCUUCGUCAGCUGCUCGGCCGACAGCACCGUCCGCGUGUGGCACGCCGAGGAGCAGAACCCAGGGUCCGCGCAUUCCCGCGAUCUGCUGGAUAUCAUCCACAUAGAUAAAAACACGGGUUCUUCACUGGAUCAAGAAGGUAAGUCCGCUGGGAGUGACGGGCAGACGGCAGAGACCAGGACGGGCAUCAGAACCGUGUGCAUCAGCCCAGACGGCAAACACCUGGCGUCGGGGGACCGCAGUGGGAUUCUGAGGAUCCACGACCUCGGCACCAUGAAGGAGAUCCUCAGAGUGGAGGCCCACGACGCCGAGAUCCUGUGUCUGGAGUACAGCAAGCCGGAAACGGGUCUGAAGCUGCUGGCCACGGCGAGCAGGGACCGCCUCAUCCACGUGCUGGACGCGGCGGACGGCUACGGCGCCGUGCAGACGCUGGACGACCACUCCUCGUCCAUAACGGCCGUCCGCUUCGCCGCCAACGACAACAAGGUGAGGAUGAUCAGCUGUGGGGCAGAUAAGAGCGUCUACUUCCGCACUGCGCACAAGACCGACAGCGGCGCCGAGUUCCGGCGCUCCCACCACGUAGCGCGGAAGUGCACGCUCUACGACAUGGGCGUGGACCCCACCUGCAAGUACGCCGCCGUGGGCUGCCAGGACCGCUGCGUCAGGAUCUUCGACAUCGGCAGCGGCGAGCAGAAGAAGCUGUACAAGGGUUCGCUGAGCGAGGACGGCAGCCUGCUCAGGGUGCAGGUGGAUCCUUCGGGUCAGUACGUGGCCACGAGCUGCUCCGAUAAAAACAUCAGCAUGGUCGACUUCUACACCGGAGAGUGCGUCGCCACCGUGUUUGGGCACUCGGAGGUUGUCACUGCCAUGAAGUUCACCAAUGACUGCAGACGGCUGAUUUCAGCGUCAGGUGACAGCUGUGUCUUCGUGUGGCGACUGGCUCCCGAGCUGACGCUCGGCAUGAGGGAGCGGCUGUGCCACCUCCGCCGGAGCCCCGGCACCCCGCUGUGCGAGACCUUCUGCCUCCGGCAGGAGCCGUGCGGCGCCUCCACGCUGCCCGGCUUGUCCUCAGACAGCGACCGCGAGCUCGAGGAGGAGGAGGAGGAGGAAGGAGCGGAGAACAACGACGCCAGCGACAGGGGUGACACUGGAAGCGGCCCUACGUCCUCUGACGGCAGCCACGACGAGGACGACACAGGAGGCUCAGAUGAAGGACAGGACUGGGAGAUGACAAAGAAUGGAGCCGUCGCUCAGGUCACCCCCAACGCUGCGAAGCGCCCCCGGAGGCGCUGGUCUCAUCGCAUGUGCUCCCUGGAGCUGGUGGUCAAGUCGCUGCUGGACGUGAGGCAGCCGGAGUCCUUCGGUCAGAAGGAGAAGCCGCGGCGCCUCCCGCGACUGAGCACCGGCAGCCUCCAGGAGCAGCAGGCGGAGGGUGGAGCGGAGAAGCGCUGGGCCUGGGCUCACUCGCUCCCACCCAGGAGCCACCAGGGGCCCGAAGGAGCCGCUCCGUGCCCCGAGGCAGACAAGGAGGACUCCGGUCUGCGGGACGGCGAUUGCGCGGGGAAGGAGCAGGCCUGCAGGAGGCACGGGCGGGCGAUCCGCAGUGAGAGAGAGAGUCCGGACAGCGCCUGCUCCCUGGGCUACGGCAGCAGGGAGGCCAGCCCGGACCACGUCCUGGACGAUUCCGCAGAUGUGGAGUCGCUGAGCCCGGACAGCUCUGAUGAAGAGGAGGAAGGGACCGAUGAUGAAGAGGAGCACAAGGCAGAAGUGACAAGUAUGGAUGAGGCUCUGAGGACGGUAACUGACACUGGUGACUGCAGUCAAGAAGACUUUCUCAAGCAGAACUUUGAGACUCUGGCAGAAAGCGGCAGCAUGGCUGAGCAGAGCAGACUCCCCAGGCUCAGUAUGUCUUCACGCUUCCUGGCCAGAGGACAUAAUAACAGGGAGGUGACUCCAUUUGCCAGAGUGCUUGGGAGGGGGCACGGUGCCCACUUUGCUAAACCCCCGGUGUCAAAGGUGCGGCCCCUGAUGGAAGACGACCACAGCAGGAACGCAGACGGCGCCACCGCGUCCCCGAGAAAGACCGAGGCUCUGAAACUGAUGCGUGUGUUGCAUGUUAGCAGGGCCGAUGCCCCAGAGAGCGACUCCACCCCCACACACAGACCUCAGAGGACUCAGACGUCGUGGCCUAACCUGUGGAGGACGUGCAGCCCUCCGUCUAGAACCUCGCUGCUGCUGGACAGAGAGACGAGUUUACAGAAGUCCCACUCUGCCCUGAACCUGUCCUCACCCUCUCCUUUCUCCCCUGCGUCCUGUAGUGACCAAAGGGAGUUGAGCAACAGAUCCCAGUCGCUAUUUUUAGAUUGUGACGCUCCCAGAUCUGCCUACCAGUCUUCGUCACUCUCCUCCGGGUCCCCGCAGUCCCCCCAGGCGCCUCUGCCGUGGGGGAGCCCUAAACUCAAGCCCCAGCACUCAUACAUGAACCCCACAGCCAGCUCCAUGGCCAAAAGCAGCCGCUCCUCCUCCCUGGGGGACGGCAUCCAUGCAGGCACUCCCCCCGGCUCCCCGUCGGCCCCAAGUCGCAGGGUCUCAUCCAGCGAGCUGGAAAUCGAGCUGGCGUCGCCCGCGUCGACGUCGCCCCCGUCACACGGUCCACCCACCGCCCCCCACCCCCGCGCGGCCGCGGUCUCGCCCGUCCCUUUCGCCGCGAGCGCGCCGCCCUCUCGCAUCCCGCUCCCCAAGCAGCCCCUGAGCUCCCGCCGCAGCCUCUGCCUGGAGGUGAGGCCCAGCUCCAGUUGGUGUGGAGGAGGAGGAGGGGGGGCUGCACCUGCCACAGAGCCGGGGUGCGGGGCGUCAGGAGGCAGACAAGUACUGAGCAGACACCUGUCUCUGAGUCUGGAUACGGCCUUACUGAGCUCAGCGCAGGCGCGGGAUAAAAGAUGCUCCGUUUCAGAGAGUGACAAGGAGAGAGGACACGUGGCUGCGACGAAGGAGCGCCCCCUGGUGGCGGAGCAGCCCCGCGCAUCGAACGCUGACCCCAGGCCAGAUCCCUCUAUCACCUUGGAAACUUGUAGGCAGGCUGUUGCCGAGCUUCACAGCAGUCUGAGGAAAACCGUCAUGCUGUACACUACGGUUCUGCAGAGCGACCGGCAGCCCAGCCGAGAUCAGGAACAGAUGAGGGGAAUCUUGUCCGAGGCCCUGUUCGAAAUUAGGACCGAUCUGGAGCGCCUGCCCCCGGCCACGGCACAGCACGGAGGGCCUCCAGUGGCGCUCAGAGACGAGGGAGACAAGGCCCUGGCUCUGCUGGAGCAGUACGCUGAGCUGCUGCUGAAGUCCGUGGAGAGACGGCUCGAUACCAAGAGCUGAGGACAUGGACUCGGGUCCAAGAGGCCAGACACACACAUCCACAGCACUGAUGAACGCUCUGACUCAAGCCAAGGCUGCAAACAUGAAUGUUGAGUAACGUUGCCUUAAUUCUUAUGUUUCCACAGCUUUUUUUUGUCUGUUUUCUACUUUUUAAAAUGCUAAAAAAUGCUAAACUGCAUUUAGAAAACAGGACAGAUGAUGUUAUCUGUACUUCAUGACUGUAUUUGGGCAACAAUAUAUAUAUGAAGUAGAGCCCUAACAGUCAUGUGAUUGUAAAGCAUUUCAGGACAUUCAGUCAUUAUGCUCGUUAUGGUGAGUCACCAGGAAAGAGAAUGUUUAGGAUGUGGGGGUGUGUGUUAAGGGUCAUACGGUUGCAGUUGGUAUUGUUUCAUUGUAUCAAACACUGAUUUAUUUUUGUAAAUCUGUCAUUUUUAGUACAUUGUACAGUUUUUAUAGUUCUACUUUUUAAUUGUCUUGCUAUUGAUCAGAUGCACUGCUCUUCUUUAAGGUCCCAAAAUUAAACAUUUGAGACAAUGAAUAUAA